GCCCCGCCCCGCCUCAGGCGCGGAGGAGCCCAGGAGCGCCCCGCCCCGCGCGUCACGUGGUACGGCCCGGCGGCUCGCAGGGCCCGCGCUCGGAGCCAUGUUGGUGAGCGGCCGCCUGAGGCGCCUCCUGCGGCGGGUGCCCGGCAGGCAGCGCUUCGGCGCCUACCGCUUCCUGCCCUUCUUCUUCGUCCUCGGGGGAGCCAUGGAGUGGUUCAUGAUCAAUGUCCGCAUCGGCAAGGAGACGUUCUAUGAUGUUUACCGCAGAAAACGAUCUGAAAGACAGUACAAGGCAAGGAUGGAGAAAAGUGAAUUUUAGCUGGAAGGGUUCAAGGGGAACAUCCUGACAGCUUCAGUCAUAUCAAAGAAGCAUUGCUGCCACGGUGCUGGUAGGGGCAAAACUUUGUCUCUGCAACAUGAACUGAGCAGGUUUCUGAGGUAUGCUCUCAGAUGGUUUUGGCAGAUUAUUCUACAUCUGCUUCUUACCAUGAAUGCUUUGUGUCUAAACUGAAUACAGCAGAGAGAAGUUCAUUGUGUUUAGACCUUUGCCACCUAUUUAAUGUGUUUUUUUCCAACACUUUUAAAUAAACUAAACUGAAUAAACA